AUGAAUAAAUUACAUUUUUUUAUUUCACUAUUUUUAUUAUUUUUUUCAUUAUUUUUACCUAAGUCUUUGGAGUUCAGUGACAAAAGUUUAAUUGAUCUUUCGAGUUUUCAAAAUGUCCAAAUACCAGUUAUUUUAAAUGAUGUAGAAGAUAAAAAUACAAUACAAAAAAGACAAGCAAGAAGAAGACGUCGAAAAAGGCAAAGACGACAAGCAAGGCAAAGAAAAAGACUUUUAAAUGCUGUUGCUAGCGUUAACGCCCAGCUUGUUCAAUUAAGACGACAAAUAUCAUCUCUUCAAAGUCAAAUUUCGCAAAUGACAACACCAGCACCUGCUCCAGCACCCGCACCAGCACCCACACCAGCACCCGGAUAA